AAUAAAAAAGAAAUAAAAAAAAAGUGGGGGGAAGAAAGAAGAGACACUAUUCUCUACUCAGAGAGCAAGGAUAAAGAGAAACCUUAUCUAUCAACAACCAAAGUUUCACUUCUAGCAUAGCUCAUUAGCUCUCAAAGCAGAGCAUAACUGCAUAACCAAAGGGUAAAGGCGAAAAUGUUGGCAAGCCACUCUCUCUCCUCAAUUCCUUCCUCUCCUAGUCUCACAUUUCCACCAAAAUCCACACUUCUUGCUAAAUCCUCAUUUCAUGGCCUUCGUCUUCCCAGCUUCAACCCAACUCCCAUCCUUCGCCUCCGCGCACAAGCGUCACCUUCUACGGUGGUAAUGAUGGCUAAAAGAGAGGAAGAAUUGAAGGAAAUAAGAACCAAAACCAAUGAAGAACUUAACGAAGAAAUUUUACAGCUUAAAGGUGAGCUCUUUAUGCUCCGCCUUCAAAGAUCUGCUCGUGAGAAUUUCAAGCCCAGCGAUUUCAGUCGUAUGCGCUCAAGGGUUGCACGCAUGCUUACUGUAAAGAGGGAAAGAGAGAUAGAGCAAGGAGUUGGCAAGAGGUUAUCGAGGAAGCUUGACAAGCAGUGGAAGAGAAGCAUUGUUAUUAAGCCACCUCCUUCACUCAAGAACUUGCAAGUAGAAAAGGCAAGUGCCGAGGCUGCUGAAGCCUCCUGAGCUUAAUAUUUGUUAGUAAUGUAUUCAUACUAAAGAUUUUUUCUAGCCAUCUGUGGUAGGAGUUAUAUUUCAGUAUCUCAAUCGCCUUCUGUAUCACACUAUCCAUCUGUAAAUUUCGGUUCUUCCUGUUC